AUGCAUGAGAAGAUUUGGCCUCAGUUUUCCGUUCCCAAAAUUGAGUUCUUUCAACAGCUGGGAAAGGCAAAGGGUGGGGACAAGUUUCAGGCAGCCUGGCUGCCGACCUCCGUGAUGCUCUCGGCUGUAUUGACUAUAGUGUAUCUUUUGUCGAACACCAAGCGAGGGCCGAAGUACAGGGAGAUGGCCUUCAAGAUUCUGCGAGAGAUAAUCGAGCAAGUUUUUGCGCUGGCAGAUGCUUCUGCAAAGCUAGAUGUUAUGCAUGUCAGCAUCCAUGGGGCAGUGUCUUGGCCUCAGUGCUCUUUGCGGUCACCACGCCAAGAGUUGUGGUGCAACAAAGCGUCUUGGUCACAGCGUUUUGAGGCUGCCUGGGCCUGGGACUUGAACAGCGACAAGGCCCCAUGGGUGACCACAACUCGUGAGAAGCCUCACCUUGCAGAUUGGAUUGCCUUCUGCUUGGACCAGCCACUUAAACACAAGCAGAAAGUCCUGAUGGAGUUGCAGCCGGGGGUUCUCUCGAUGCUUUCGCAAUUGGCGUUUUGUCUGGACGAGGCUGCUUUGGUAAGCUUGGGUUGA